AUGCUCAGGCCCGAACAGCGAUCGUCGUCAUAUCAGCGUUUAAAAGCAAAGCUAAAGAGAAACCCCUCGUCCUUUACGGAGCUCCCCAAGAAAGACUGGGCUCGGCCACAGACGCCUAAAGAACUCGCUAUCCAUGCGAUCAAAGGCGGAGCGAGGGCGUUCCUUAUGGCCUAUGGUCUUAGAGCCGGUGUUAACCUCUGCUUCUACUUGAUACGAGUGAUUCGAAAAAAAGCGGCGCUAGCAAACAUCCUGUCAGCCACGUUUAAGAAUGAAACUGCUCUUCGCUUCGGUGGCAUGUUUGGCAUGUUUGCCUUCCUGUGGAAACUGGUGAACAACGGCAUGCGGAUCUACCGCGACAAAGAGGAUCGAUUGAAUGGCUUAGUAGCAGGUGCUGUGGCUGGAUUGGCUAUUCUGUGCGAAAAGCAAGAAAGCCGAGUGGAUAUUGCACAGCAAUUGUUUGUUCGGUAUCACGGCGAUGCGUUGCUGUUUGGUCUGGCUUGCAUGGAGAUCCUGUAUGCAUACACAAUGCAACCCGCGACCCUUGCCCCAGGUUACUAUGAUUUCAUGGUCAAGACGGCUCGAGUCCCCCACGAUUUGCUGAGGCUGAAUGAAAAAAAUGUCAGAGGCAGCGCGCUAACGACCCACGAGACACUGCACGCUAUCAACAAAUUCCGACCUACCGAACAGGCCAUCAAGUUGGCUCAGUCAAUGCCAGAAUACCCAACCGCACUUCCUUGUGAAUUGAUCCAUCCAUGGGUGGAUGGUUGCAAUGCAACUGCCGCUGAGCGAUUCGUCAAAGUAGUAAAGUCAAUGUUUCCUGUGUAUGGCACGCUUCACUUAGUCCCUAUGCUUGUCUUCCGGUUCAAACAGUUUAGCAAAAUGCCCCUUUCAAUGCUGUCAAAAACGGUUUUAGGUACAGCCAAAAGCUGUGCAUUCAUGGCAUUGUUCGUCACCUUAUACCAAUACCAGAUCUGUAUGCACCGUAAGCUCCUCUCGAACGGCAUCACCACAUUCAACAGCAAAUACCUCUAUGGCUGGUUUGGAUUUGUAUGCUCGUUCUCGUCGAUCUUUUUAGAGGAAAAGAAACGUCGUGGCGAGCUGGCCAUGUACUGUCUGCCCAUUGCUCUCAAGAGUUAUUACCAGAUUCUUUACCAGCGCAAAUGGAUCAUUCAUAUUAAACACUUUGAGGUCAUGUUGACUAGUGUUGCUAUGGCUAUUAUUAUGGUAAUCUCUUUCUGUUAG